AUGGCUCCGCCCCGAGAUGAUCAAGCCGUCACCGCGAAGGAGCUCGUCUUCCUCACCGAAGGCUGGCUGCGGCAGAGCAGGACCUCGCGACGCAGCUGUGAAUUUGCUCUCACGGACCCUGGGACCGCAGCCUACAUCGGCAUGUUGAAGCAGAAUAUCGAAUUCCCUCAGAAGUGGAUGUCAGAUGCGCGUGAACUGGUUCCCCCAGGAGCGAUUCUGGAAGGUUUGAGUUAUCGGCAGUACCUUUGGGGCGAAGGACAUAAAACUGCGCGCUUCCCGCCACAGAUGAGCUCCUUCCGACCUCAAAAAACACCAGUCACAGUCCCACGAACAUUUGUACUGGAGAAGCCCAAGGUGGUUAAGCAUCAGAAGCUAACUUGGGCACACAACAAUUCGUCCGGAAAGACGCGCGCUAAAACGGGAACCUCCGACGAUGCCGACUUGAUUACUCAUGCGAAUGCUGAGAACCCAGACUCCCAAACACCUGUCAAUGAAGUGAAUAACAGCAACGAAUUCGGUCGGCCACUCCAAUCCGCGUCUAGCCUUAGUGGAGUGUCUCCCGUGGCAUCACGGUCCACCGAAUCGGCCCGGGUCGGGGGCUCGACGCGUAAACACCGAAAAUCCGCAUCAGGCUCCGACAUUAUGCUGCUGGAGACAAGCGCCGUGCCGACAUCAGACGACAGUGCUGAAGCAAUGCUCUCCCCCCAAAGUCUGGGGGUUCCUGCCGUGGCACCGAGCGAUGCUGCUCCGUGCUACCUGCAGAUAAACGACAACGCCACGCUCGACGACAGCUCCUGUGUCGCCUUGAGCGUCACGCCGAAUCUGCUUCAAACGGAGGUCCUCGACGUGCCCUCGCCGUGCCAAACCCACCUAUCAACGCCCAGGCUCUCCAGCCGACAGCCCUCCACGCCGCGAAUAACGCGGAUGUCGAGAAGUCGGAAUGUCACGCCGCAGCGCGGCGACGGCUCGCUUAGGCCGCCGAGUUGUGCUUCCAUGACAGGCGUUCGCCACGUCAUCUCCUUACGUAGCUGGAUUGAGUAGUUCAACGGUAACACUCAAAGAGGGGGCAACAUCACCGUGGUUCCUAUUCCAGUCAGGAGGCGUAAUCAGGCCAAGGUACUGGUAAAGCAACUGAACCGAGCCGUUGAAUUUCGAGAUCGCGUUGCUGCCUGUCUGCAGCGGGUGAAGUCGCAGUUGGAAAAAAUGUGCGACGAACGCGCCAGGGAGCUCCAUCGGAUCCAGGCUCGGAAGUACAACCUCGGUUGGCAGUUGAAAUUGCGUCAGCUGGAAUCGCGCCGUGCAUUCAGGCAGUUAAAGGAGCGCCGCAUCAAAUCUUCGCGUUCAGUUCCGCCUCUGUUCACGUCCACACUGCCCACCAGGACAAAAGUGCAGGCCCGGUCUCAGUCGCCCAUUGGUAGAUUUUUGCGACGCAAUGAAAAGGUGAUGGAGCACAUUAGAAACCAACAGCACCUGACGACCGGCGAGCCACUGCCAGGUCUAACUUGGAAGGAGUUUGAAGAGUUGGUGGCUUGGGAUAAGCAGGAGAAGGAGCAGUUGAAAAAGGCUACUGAUUUCAAGAAUACAGUGGCGCAGGAGGUGAAAAACGAGGCCCUGAAACCCAUUGAAGACAUGCUGACCGCGAUGAACCAGCGCGUGACCACCAUUUCGAAUAAACUGAGCAGGAUCAGCGACCCAAGAGCUCACGUCCAGGUUAGCAAAGAUGGAACACGACACUACAGUGGAGGAAGCCUGCAGCACAUCCAAUAUCUAAUGGAGACUAGCAGAAGCGUGCGGGAUCUACCACGUUUUCGUUCCCUUCGUAACCACAGCAACACCCACGAUAGGCAGGUCUCACGGUGCCAGACCUCGUCGACCGGCAGAAAUCAUUCUGCCUUCGCCGCCUACUCAGCCAGGCAGCGACGCCCAAGUCGCAAAGAGUCAAGGGAGUCGGAAGGUCAGGGGAUCGACCCAGUCAAGGCCUACUCGCGGCGCAGCCUCCAAGCUCUCGCCGUGGAGUUGGAGCGGCUUGAAUUGAGCACUGUGGAUCGAUUUCUGAUGCUCCUUGGGGGGAGAAACCAACUCUUCGGUGGGAAGACGGCCUCGCUGUCACCGAAGUUUGUCAACUCUGCCAUCUGGCACAACGAAAUGCUAGGACUCCUUAACUGGGACAGUCGUUUGUCUGCUAACAACACAUCCGCCUACUUUGCCUAUCUGCCUCUACACAGUGAGCUUAAGAUUGAGCACUUCCAAAACGAGGAUGACAUUGAAGAAGUUGAAAGUAGUGACAGCGGCUCGGAGUACUGGCGUUAA